AUAACCAUUUACAAAGACGAUGAGUGCGUGUUAGCAAACAACUCCCAUCGCGCUAAGUGGAAAGUCAUUAGCCCCAGCGGUAAUGAGGCCAUGGUUCCCUCUGUGUGCUUUACAGUCCCUCCACCUAACAAAGAAGCAAUAGAUACGGCCAACAGGAUCGAGCAGCAGUUUCAGAACGUGCUGGCCCUGUGGCACGAGUCGCAUGUGAACAUGAAGAGCGUGGUGUCGUGGCAUUACCUGACCAACGAAAUUGAAGCCGUUCGGGCCGGCAACGUCGCCUCGAUAAAGACGAUGCUGCCGGGUGAGCAUCAGCAGGUCCUGAGCAAUUUGCAGUCCCGCUUCGACGACUUUGUGGAGGACAGCCAGGAGUCCAAAAUCUUCACAAGCUCCGACACAGCCCAGCUGGAAAGGGAAGUCAGUGUUUGCAAGCAAUACUACCAGGAGCUGCUGAAAUCUGCAGAAAGAGAGGAGCAGGAGGAGUCCAUCUACAACCUGUACAUCUCCGAAGUCAGGAACAUCAGGCUGCAGCUGGAGAGCUGCGAGGAGCGGCUGAUACGGCAGAUCCGCACCCCGAUG